UAAAAUCAAAUAAAAAAUCCAGGAUUCAGCGAAAUAAAGUUAGUUUAUCAAUUACAACUUUACUAAACUGUUUGUGUACGCUAAGCUCCUCGAUCGAGUCAUUUAGCAGUAUUUUUUUGUGUGUGUUUACAAAUAAAUAAAAAAAAAUGUUAAUCAUAGCACUAGUGAUUUUAACAAUUAUUGUGGCAUGUUAUUGGUAUUUAGUGGCACCGUUAAGUCAUUGGGAAAAACGUGGUAUACCUUACGUAAAAGGGUACCCAAUUGUGGGUAACUUCUUUUGGCAUGCCAUUAAAAAAACAUCUAUAGGGGACGAUUUGAUGACACUUUACCAUGCGUAUCCAGAAAAAAAAUGUUACGGAAUGUUUUUAUUUGGAAGACCAGCAAUAUUUGUUCGUGAUUUAGAUCUGAUUAAGAAUGUAUUAAUUAAAAAUUUUGAUCAUUUUGGUGACCAUUCCGAUUCGAUAUUUUUGAAUGGUAUUAAUCCGGUUGUAGAUCGAAAUCUAUUCUCUUUAACCGGGAAUGAUUGGCGAGACAUGCGAACAACCUUAAGCCCGGCAUUUACUGGUAGCAAAAUGCGUGGAAUGUUUCAAUUAAUGGCUGAUGCUGGAGAAAAUUUUGUUAAUUACUUUAUAAAUGAAGCUAAAAAGAAUGGUGGUAAACCAUUGAAUGUGGAGUUAAAAGAAAUUUUUACACGACUUACAAAUGACGUUAUUGCAACAACUGCUUUUGGAAUUAAAAUUGAUUCUUUACGCGAUCGAAAUAAUGAUUUUUAUCGAAUGGGUGGAAUGGUCUCAAAUUUUUCAACAUGGCGAUGGCUCUUAAGUAAUUUUCUCCCACAUGUAGCUAGAUUUUUCCGUAUUGGUUUGAUUCCUAAUGAACCCAUCGAUUAUCUUCGAAAGAUCGCACUUGAAACCAUAAACAUUCGAGAACGUGAUAAUAUUUAUCGUCCAGAUAUGUUACAACUGUUAAUUGAAGCUAAAAAUGGUUUGUUAAAACAGACUGAUACAAACGAAGAAAUAAAUAAAGGAUUUGCCGCUGUAGAAGAAUCAAAAUUAGUUCAAACAAAUAAAAAAAUUCAUUUGGGUGAAGAUGAUUUAGCGGCACAAGCUUUUGUAUUCUUUUUGGGUGGAUUUGAAACUGUAUCUGCAGGUUUAUGUUUUGCUGUUUAUGAACUGGCCCUCAAUCCUGACAUACAGCAACGCCUUUACGAAGAAAACGAAAAAAUUUUGAACGAAAAUAAUGGGAAACUUACAUACGAUGUUUUAAACAAAAUGAAAUAUUUAGAUAUGAUUAUGUCAGAAACUUUACGAAAAUGGACAAUAGCAGCCUUUUUGGAACGAAUGUGUAUCAAACCAUAUACUGUUGAAGUGGAGAAGGGUAAAAACAUCACUUUAGAGAAAGGAACAGUUUUAUUUUUCCCAGUUUGGGCUUUGCAUCGUAAUCCCGAAUACUACCCUAAUCCAGAAAAAUUUGACCCAGAACGUUUUAGUGAUGAGAAUAAAGAUAAAAUAAAUCCAACUACAUAUUUACCUUUUGGAACUGGCCCAAGAAAUUGUAUUGGGUCAAGAUUUGCAUUGAUGGAAGCAAAAAUGGCAGUAUUUUAUAUGGUUAAAUAUUUUGAAAUAAUUCCAAAUGAAAAAUCAAUGAUUCCACCAAAGGUCACAACGAAAAGUGUGAAUACAACUUUAGAAAAUGGAUUUCAUGUAGCAUUAAAAUUAAGAGAACAUUGUGAUAUUAAAUAGCAAAAAUAUACGAUUUAUAUAAAAA